AUGCAAGCUCUGCACGCCAAACGAAAGUUCAGGUUAGAGGAGAAACAACAACUGCUCGCCAACCUCGAUUUCGAAGUGGAACACAAAAUUCGUCAACUCGAAUCCCUCCUUUCCGAUGCGCUCUCCGAGUUCCGCGGUCGCCACGAACUCCAAAUCUCCCGCAUCCCUCACAUCGUCCGCGGGAUAUCCAUGGCGGACUUUCAUGACAAAUACCACAACGACAUUACGACUGCUUCUCGGGGCUUGCAGGAGCAGAAGUUGGGCGGGACGGAGGGCGCGGCGGGAACCAUUGACAGGGCGGCGAUGAAGAGGAAGUGGAUCGCGGUUCAGGAUGAUGGGGAAGGGUCGGAGAAGGGGAUGGGUAAGGAUGACGGAGGAAACAUGAACAAGGCGACGAAGAACCCGCGUACGAUGGCGAAUGUCACGACGCCACAGAAGAAGCCGCCUUUCGCUGUCGGGAAGAAUCCGAGAACACCGGGGACAGGCCGAAUCAACUCCCGCGCCCCUUCGCCCAGUCCCCGCAAAUUCCAGUCCACUACCACCAUUCCCCACUCGCAUUCCCGCCCUCCAUCCCGUGCAACCUCACCAACUAAGCCACGCGCCCAUCGACCACCGUCCAGUGCCACUUUCAACCCCACUAUACCCAAGACCCCCGCCUACCCAGGAGCCUCAAAUCAAGCUCCUCGCGUUCCUCGCAAAGACGAGUUUAUGAUGAGCGUGAACGGCUCACCGUUGACGAACCCUUUCGAUUUGGGAUUGAGUUGGUUGGCAGAGACACCUGGGAAGGAUGGGGAUCGUGAUGACUAUAGUGAUGGUGAGGUGGAUGGUAAUCGGAGUGGAAGAGGCGGAGAAUCGGAGAGUUCGAAAAGCGGGAAUGGCAAGAGAGCAGAACGCGUCCGAACAAAUAGUAUCCUCGUUCGGCGCGAUGAUACCUCCUUUAACUCGUCUAUCGCCUCGUCCUCCAACCAUCCCCCACCAUCACACCCACAUCACUCCGGCCACACCCGUUCCAACUCCCACACCCACAUAUCCCACUCUACCUCCACUCGGCCCCCAUCCUCUCUCGCCACCCAUUCACAACCUCAUCCGCGUCCUCAUUCUGCCAUGGCUGGGCCGGUGCGCACGACAGGGUUUAGCGCGAGGGUAGCAGUGCCCACGAAAGACGGACAUACGCUUGAGUUUGAUCCACUGCAGACGUCGCCGAGUGCGCUGGAUAUGUUGGAGGGUAUUACGGAUAGCGCGAAGAAACAGGCGAAGGAGGAUAUGGUGAAGUUAGUGCAGACGGCCGUGGCGAGGUGGAACAUCACUUGAUCUUCCACUGUUUCUAAUUUAUGGUUCAUGUUCUGCUUUUCCGUCCCUGAUUUCCUUCCUUUACCCGGCUUUUUUGACCUUUCUACUCUCGUUCAUCUUUUCUUUCUUAUCCCUCAUCUUUGAGACUCGUCCUGCGCCCAUGUACAGUUGAUACAUCAACAACUCAAACAAGCGAUGGCUGGGCUGUUUCAUGCAUGCAUGACGCCG